AUGUCCCCAAACAUUGUACCGUUGCGGUUUUGCACGUCGGGUGGUCAAUUGAUCCUCUCCGAGUUUUACGGUGGCCUUUACGUCAACUUUGUGCAAGGCAACAGCAACGAGAGGUUCGACUUCGAUGCAACCAACGGCUUCAUCAUCUCCAAAAGCGGCAACACAUGCUUGACACUCUUCACGGAGACGGCAACCGCUUACGUUCGUACCGAUAUGUGCACCGGAGGCGACGCUCAGAAGUGGUCAAUCGCCGGCAAUGCCAUCAAGAGUGUUGGACCCAGCAAUUAUUGUCUGACAUACGUGCCCGGUCAAGCCGCUGUGGUUGUCGGAGUGGCGCCAUGCAACGGCGACACGGCGACGCAGUACUUUGGCUCGUGCGACCAAUCGACACCACCAAAGUCGGUGCGGAUUCGGUCGGGCGACAACUACCUCUCCGAGUUUUACACGGGCCUUUUCGCCAACACGCUCAAGAGCAACCGCAACGAGGUCUUCCGCUACGACGCGAACGCCAAGACACUGCAGGUGCAGAGUAACUUGGAGUGCCUCGACGUCUACCAGGACACGUCACUGGCGUACCACCUGCACACAUACCCGUGCAACCUCAACAACGGCAACCAAAAGUGGAUCGUCACCGAGUCGGGGACCAACCGCAUUCAACACUACACGUACAUCACGCAGUGUCUGGUCGACAAGGGCGACACGACGGCUGGCGUCGCCCCGUGCGAUUUCUCGAACGACACGUCGAACAACAAACAACUAUGGACACUCGUGUCCGCGUAG